UAAAGAAAAUAAAAGAAUCAAGAUCCAUGGCCUCCAUGAAAUUCUCAUCGGUCUUGGUUCUUUUAUUGGCUUGCAUUCUUUCCUUCGAGGGUGUUCUUGCGGAUAUUAUUUGCGAGAAUUUGCCCAUAAAUGCUUGCGCAUUUUCUGUCUCAUCCAAUGGAAAGAGAUGUGUUUUAGAAAACUCGAUAAAGGAUAACGGCAAGGUGGAGUAUGAAUGCAAGACGUCAGAUGUGGUGGUGGGAAGUAGCAUUGCAGAAUACUCAGAGACCGACGAGUGCGUAAAAGCAUGCGGUGUUGGUCGGAAAUCUGUUGGCAUGUCGUCGGAUGGGUUGCUUGACCCAACUUUCACAGCCAAACUUUGUUCCCCAGAAUGUUACAACAAUUGCCCCAACAUUGUAGACCUGUAUUUCAACUUGGCCGCGGGUGAAGGAGCCUACUUGCCUGACUUAUGCGAGAAGAAGCAAAAAGAAGUCAGCCCUGCAAGGCGUGACAUGAUUCAGCUUGAGAGUGAUGGUGAUGUUGAUAGUGCUGCGGCCUCACCUGAUGCCGAUGUUGAAUGGUUGGUUCAGAGUCCUGAUGCCGAGUGGACCAGUCCUCGGCGUAACAUGAUUCAACUUCAAAGUGAUAGUGCUGCGGCCUCACCUGUAGCAGAUGCUCCUACACAGUGGAAGAACAACCGUCGUGCUAUAAUUGAGCUUUUGAGCAGUGGCGGCGAUGAUUUUGAUGUUGAUACACCAGCACCAUCUCCUUCUUAUUUUUAAAGGCUAUUCAUGUAUUAAUUAUAUACAAUCUUAUAUUAGAUGGGGUGGGAAGGAAAGAGAUUCUUAUCUCAAUUUGGUUGAAGUUUGAGAUAUUUCUCUCAACAAAAUGUCAAUAAUAUAAUAUUUAUUAUUA